AUGAUUUAAUAAACUUAAGAACAUCUAUAUGAAUAAAACAAAAAGCUCACAGAAGAAAAAUAAAAAUUAUAAUUGGCUGUUUAUAGUCUGAACAGGCAAAUAUAAAAUUUGACUUUCUUUAUUGAAAAAUCAAAAAAACUUCAAGAAAUUGUUAAUAAACUGAAUUAAGAGCUAACUCAUCUCAAAAGAGAUAAUGUAUAUUUACAAGAAGCUCUAUUGAGUUUUAAAUUAAAGCACAGUUAAGAGAAUAUAUAAAAUCUUGAAGACGAACAGUAAAGAAUUAUUGAAAAUGUGAGAAACUAUUAUGAGGAUGAGUUAAAUGAUUUGAAGUAAGAAAAUUAAAAAUUGCAUGCAAUUAUAAAAGAAUUGAAUGCAAAAUAAUCAUAGGCACUUUAGGUCUCUGCAACAAAAUUAGUAGAGAUUGGAAAUAAAAUUGAUAAAAAAUUAGGUGAAUAAAAUCAUCGAAGAAUUUUGAGCAAUCCAACUCUUCAAUCACCUAAAGGUAUGUCACAAGAAAUAUAUUAAAAUUUGAUAUAAUAACUAACAAAUCAAACAGAUGAUAAAUCUAUUUUAACUUCCAUGUAUUCUAAAUAAUUAAUUGCUAGAUCUAAAACUAAGCUUUAGGAUUCUAGUCUUUUUACAAAGUCCUAACCAAAAAUAAUCCAUCCUCUUGGAAUCAAUAGCAAUUAAUUUGAAUAAUUGUUACCAAACCUCGUAAACGUUAUCAAAAAAUGA